AAGAAAAUCGCACCCAAGAAGAAACCUGCUGCAAAGAAGACAGCUGAUCACCCUAAAUAUGUGGACAUGAUCAAGGCUGCUAUCGCUACCCUAAAGGAACGCGGUGGUUCAUCUCGCCAAGCUAUUACAAAAUAUAUUCAUGCAAAUUACAAAGUUGCUGAAAACUCAGAUCAUCAUCUGAAAAUGGCUCUUAAACGAGGAGUAACAUCAGGCGAUUUGAUUCAAACUAAAGGCACUGGUGCUUCUGGAUCAUUCAAGCUAGGUCAGGUAAAAAAAGAAAAACCUAAGAAAAAGGCCGCAGCAAAAAAGCCAACGGCAAAGAAGCCUACUGCAAAGAAAAGUACACCAAAAAAGAAGCCAGCAAAGAAGAGCACGCCAAAGAAAGCAGCAAAGAAGCCUGCCACAAAGAAAGCCUCGGCUAAGAAACCAGCAGCUAAGAAACCCACAAAGAAGCCUGUUGCUAAAAAACCUCCAGCAAAGAAGGUCAAAAAGACUCCCAAAAAGGCAGCAAAGAAGACCGCAAAAAAAUAAUUUGUGUGUAUCUGGCUAUUACAUUAACAAACGGCUAUUUUUAUAGCCACACAUUUACAAAAAAACAUUAUCUUGGUACAAAGUUAAACUUGUUUAAGUCACUUAAACAGUUAAAAAAGAGUAAUUUUAAGAUUAGAUUCCCUAAGUUUAAGUAUUUUCGUUUUUAAAUUUCUUAUUUUCUUGCUUUUACUUUUCUUGCCCUUCAUAUUUUUAACAUUGUCAAACUUUAUGUAGCAUAAAAUUUUUAUGUAGCAUAAAAUUUAAACAGAAAGCAGAACAAAGUUUGAUAUAAAAAGCUAGCCGUAAUAUUUUUUAUGGAUGUGUGGCUAUAAAAAUAGCCGUUUUUUGUUUGGUAAGAUGCUUAGGCACGUUCCCCACGAAUUCUU